AUGCUUCCUGAAAGUCAACCGGUUGGCAGGGCACGCUUGAGCUGCGCACCCUGGUGAGUCUGGCUCGAUGCGAAUGGCGAGGGCCAAGCCCGCCCGACCAUCAGCUGCUGCAGCAGCAGCAGCGUUUCAAGCAGCUCAACGUGACACGCUCUCUCGCUUGACCUUGCCCCAAAUAGUCGCAAACGCAAAUCCAAGUGCGAUGAGGGCUCAGUGAGUGGGAUCCAAGGUUCUGCAUCAAAGAAUUUUCAGCGCAUACAAGCUGCUCAACUCACCGAUCUGUUAUUGCCCCACGCAGCCGUGCUCGUCCUGCGUCACGCACGCCACGAUCGAUGCGUGCCAACCGCCCACAGCGUCCACAAGUCGAGCUGGAGCCAAGCAAUCCCGUCCGCCGCACGUUUUGGCAGCGACGUUACAGCAAACAGGCACCAGCAACAAGCGAGCGCGAAGGGAAUCUGCUUCGCGCGCAGCUGGGGUGCAGAGCUCGGAAGCAGUGGGCCACGAAGAUGUGAUGGAGCAGAUGGACAAGCUUCGAGAGGAAAUGGACAGGCUCAGGGAUAGGCUGGUGGAGCGACAACGUCAGAGCGAGCAGCAGCAAAAGCAGCGGGCAUCUCCAGUGGACGACAUGGUCCAAGGCACCCUGCCUGCCAGACAACAUCCCAACCCUCUGCCACCGCGAGACGCAAAGCUGCAAGCUCUCGUGCGAACCAUUUUCCCAUCGCAAAACGAUUGCGAGGUGCUUCUAGAGUACGUCAUGCAAGAGGUGAGUGACGCGCGUUUGAUGGCUUGAAUAUGGCCGUACUCUCUCGACUGAGGCCUACGCUUCCAUUGCGCAGCCCGAGUGGCUGGUAAAUUGCGUGACGUGGCAGUGGAUUCUGCCCAUUUGGUCCAGAUUGGUGUAUGGCUGCCGAGUGAGACAGGUAGAGGUUGCCAUCCUAGCUGGACUCCUCUCUGUCAGCUGCGUGCUCCUAGACGAGACGCCGCACGUCUACUACGAGCUCAGUGCGCCCCCGGUCGUCUUGCAAAAGCCGCUGCUCGACUUUUUGUGCGAAUUUGUCAAGAGCCACGAGCAGCCGGCUCCGCACGUCAAUAGGCCGGACGAUCCCGAGCUGCUGGACAAUCUCAUCGUGUAUGCCCUGGUGGCAGAGUUUAUGCGCAUAGCAGGCAGGCGAAAAGCGGAGCUUGGCGCUCUUUCGAAAAAGGUCAUUCGCGCUUCCAUGCAGCGCUCGGGCUUUAUGGACGAAUCCUCGCCCGCUUGGUCCAGCUUUGACGAUCUCGAGCGCCAGACUGCUCGACGAGUAGCUUGGCACAUUUUGAUCUGCGAGCGGUGAGUCGUGCUUCUCUUCCACCGCAGCGCUCCACUCCUCAUACGCGCGCUUACACACACAUUCGCAGGUGGGCAAGCAUCUACGUACCUGUGCCGUCGCCGAUCGAGCUGCGCAAGGAACACGUCAAAGUUCAACAUCCACGCUGGAAGACUGGCCAUCUGACGCGUCCCUUCCGCGCCCACCGGGAUUCAGCCCUGUUGCAGGAAGAGCCGAUCGUUUUGCGAGCACCUGCGCGCAACGUGCCUCGCGUAUUCAGACUCAAGGCGGACGAUGAAGACGACGAUGUGGCACGAUUUGGCGAAUUGAUGAUAUCCAUUUCCGCCAUCACACCCGACAUUGGCAGCUACCUCUCAGCCGUCACUGCGUGGCGAGCGUCGGUCAGCAACGACAGCUCUCCGUCGGACUCGGCUUCGACUUCCACAUCCGCUGCUCGUCGCGGGUCCGAACACAAACGCGAGUCGUUGCUUCAUCAGGGCUUGGCGCUGUAUGAAGAGGUAUCUACGUGGAAGGACGAGCUGCCGCAAUUCAUGCAGCAGCUCUACACACUAGAUGGCAACGACUUUCACGCUUGCCGAAGGGCGAGUCAAGCAGCCAUCGCGUUUACUGGCGCCAGAUCGCUCAUCACUGGCAUUCUAAGUCCCUGGGUCACAGAACAUGUGUAUGAAGAAGGCGCUUCCCCCAUACACCUCAAGAUGCAGGGCCUGGCUGUAGCGAAUGCUGAAGCGGUGGUCCGCAGCAUCGAAGUGACGCGCACUUUGCUGUCCUGCAAGCGCGCAGUAUACUUUGGAUCCUGGGCUGCGUACUCCUUCUUCAAUGCCGCUACCACGCUAGCCAUUCCUUUGCUGGGCGCCACUCGGUUGGGUCAGGAGGCAAAAGGUACAUCUGGUCGCCUGGCCAAGAUUUUUGUCGGUUUUAACCAGACCAAUUCCAACCCACAAGCCUCGUUGGCAAAGUUUAUCAAUGGCGUCCAGAACAGUGAACGAUCAGAUUACUGCUUACCUAGUGACGGUCUUGACACGAGCAAGUCUGCCAGCGGAUCCGGUGGACAACAAGCAUCCGUCGCUGAGCACUUGCGACAACUUGCGCCAGACAUUUUGCGCUUGUUGCAUCUGCUUCCAGAUCUACGCGGUAGCCCUCUGGGUCAGGAGACAUCGCAGCGCAUUUCGACUCUCAUCGAUACGUUCAAAAUCAAUCAACAGCCCACCACCUUGUCCGCUCCUUCUGCGGCCGCCGCCAGACCCAUCGACUACGCAGCGCAAUCUUCCGUGCAAGCGCCAAUGCUCUCCACGCCAGGUUUCGGCUCGGACAGCGGUGUUUCUUUUGACUCGUUUCCGGGUCCUGCGCUGGUGGAGCAACAGACUCCGGCUGGGUUUGGCGGCGUGGCAGAUUGGAGGGAUGUGCGGGGUUUCGAAGUGCUCGACUCGCUCGUCUCGCUCAGCGAUGAGUGGUGGAAUGACCUCAUGAGGGGCGCUGUGCCAGCCACUGGUACCACUCCCAACCCUUCCCAUCCACCUCCUGGCGCUCCCCCUUGA